AUGGAGGCCUUGCAUAGUCGCCUGACGACUGGGGAGCAGUCCGGAGGUCAAGAACCUUGUCAGCCAGAGUCUCCUCGGCGAGGCCCACAGCCCAAGUCUCCCUCCCAGCACCGUCAGCAACAGAAAACCGGCUCCCCGAAGCCCCAUGGCACACUGCAGCAGCCCAAACAGUCCAGAAGACAGAACCCUGAACGCAAACGUCUCAGGCACCAGCGGCAGAGCAUUGAUUCAGACACAUCACUGGACCCCAAGCAUGAGGCAACGGCAGCAACGAAAGCCACUGCAGUUUCUAGUCUGUCACCAGGAGGCCUGCCUUCUACAGCAGGUAGCGAAACCCAGUCUAAACCAGAAAACCAGGAAGGCACCCCAAAACAGAAACGUGAGCGUAAGCCUCAGAGGCCCGGGAAAUAUGUUUGCACUUACUGUGGCCGUGCAUGUGCGAAGCCCAGUGUCCUACAGAAACAUAUUCGCUCCCACACAGGUGAAAGGCCGUAUCCGUGCGCCCCAUGUGGCUUUUCUUUUAAGACCAAGAGUAACCUGUACAAACACCGCAAAUCACAUACCCACCGGGUGAAGGCAGGUCUGGCACUUGGGGAGCCAAAAUCUCUAGAAGAGCAAGUCACAGAGUCAGAGGAUGAAACACGACAGCUAUCAUCAGCUGCUUCUCUUGCCGACAGACAAGGCAGUGUUGCCUCAGUCAAGAGUCACGAAACAGACAGGGCCAAAGACUGCACUGGACUUAACAAUGACUCCUACGCAGUUAAAAAGAGACUAGCCCUGCGUCUAAGUAGAGGAAAACACGCUCCUCAAGACUCCUCUGAUGAAAAGACAUCGUCUCUACUAUUAGGUAGCAGAGGCAGUACAGAAUCCGGCUAUUUCUCUCGCUCUGAAAGUACUGAGCAGUCACAGGACAGCCCACCAAACACAAGUGCCAAAAGCUAUGCAGAGAUCAUCCUCGGUAAAUAUGGACGCCUCGGACACCUACAGAGGAUGUCUCGUCAACACAACCAGCAUCCCUCUGGUCAGGAGGACAAAAGCAUCUCAUUCACGGUGCCCAAGAAACAGGUCAUUGACCACAUCACCAAACUCAUCACCAUCAACGAGGCCGUGGUGGACACCAGUAAAAUUGACAGUGUAAAACCGAGGAGAUUCUCACUCUCCAGAAAGAACAGUGGGGAGUCUCAGAAGAGUUCAUGUGUGAAAGAAGCAUUUAUUCAUAGCCCGAAAGCUGGAGAUCUGGGCUAUAAAAACAGUGGCUCUAUCACUAUGGGAGUUCCAUGUGAAAAAUUUCAUCAUCCAUCCUUAAAUGUGGAGCAGCCAGCUGGCCAAACAUCUACCGCCCCUCUGGUGAGAAGUCACUCAAUGCCAUCUGCAGCUAGUUCAUUUGACUCUUCCAGUGGCGGCCCCAGCAAAUUCCGUCUAAGUCAUUCCUUUGAUGAACGGCAGCCGUCUGAAACACAGACUUCCCGUCGUUACGGGAUGCUAAGACGGCAGCCUGCUAUUGAAAUCCCACUUGGUGCCGAACUUACUAAAGAGGAACAUGAGGGUUCUCAUUCAUUUUACUCUGACAGCUUAACCACUGUGCCUGACCAUCAGCAAAGCCAACCGCAGCCAUACGAGUGUGAGGCCUGUGGCACUGGGUGCAAAGAUUGGGAAGGUUAUAAGAAACACAAGCAAAGCCUGUGCCUAGCACACCAUCCCAGAAAUGAAGUGGUAAUUAGUCAAAUGGAGUGCUCACAGCUAAUUAACCAUGCAGUUAGAGCAGGAGCAUCAACAAUGCGCAAGAGAAGGAAAGAGGAGAGUUUUGAAUUCGAUGACCCCUCCUCUCCUUCAUUACCCUCUCCUGCCCUCUUGUCAGGACAGUGUAAAGAUGAAAGCAGUGUAGCUUAUGAGGGCCCCAGAAGGCCUGCACUGCAAACCUGUUCAGUCAUUCAACAUACGAGUUCAUUUGAAAAACAGGAAUCUUUGUGCAAUGAGAAUCAAGGUGUUGAGGCAACAAAGACCUCUCCACCUCCUGAUGAAUAUCAAUUGGUGCCUCAGAAACAACCCCAACAGCAGUCAACGAAACUAGCAACCCGAAAGCUGGUCCGCCAGCACAGUGUGCAGGUUCCAGAAAUACUUGUGACGGAGGACUCCAACAUGAGUACAGAGACGUCAACAGAGCCAACCUCCACUGCAAAGCAUUCAGAGAAACCUGAUGAAUUUCAGUGGCCACAGAGAAGCCCCUCUCUCGCACAGCUCCCUAUAGAAAAGCUUCCUCCAAAGAAGAAGCGCUUACGUCUCGCUGAGGUUGCCCAGUCCUCAGGGGAAUCCAGUUUCGACUCUAUAUCAUUGCCCCGCAGCCCUAGUCAGGACAGUAGUGCAUCCUAUGCAUCCAGUCGUUCCACAUCCUUUGAAGAGCCAAAUAGGCCAGAUAUGGAGAUAGCAACGUCAACACCACUGAGGAGAUCAAGAGCUCCUCACAUGUUGACAGUGCCCGGGGUGCAUCAGCACAGAGAGAUGAGGCGCUCAGCAUCUGAGCAGGCCCCUCAUGACCCACAACCAAGUGUCCUAAUGGCUGAGACCCGCAGUAAGUCUUUUGACUACAGUUGUCUGUCCCCUGAGCGCUCAGCAGUUGGCUGGAGGGAAAGAAGAAAAUGUCUUCUUUUGAGACACUCGGCUAUCAGAGAUCCAGACGAGGAGGAGGAGGAGCAGUGCACCAUCCCGUGCCGUAGUCCUGAACGCAACAGCCCGAGCAGAUCCUCUCAAACAAGCCCGACCUCUGUGUACUGCAGUAGGUCCUCAUCCUCUCCUUCAUCAGGUGACACAGUCUUGCGGAAUCCAGCAGGAUCGCAAUGCAAAGAGAUCUUCUCUCAGUGGAAACUUCAUCAAAAUAUUCAGCUUGUGGGCAGCACAGAACCGCCAGUUGCUCAUGACCCAUCUGUAGGAGUAAAAGAGGAGGCCUCACACAUCCAUACAGAGCAGCCCCCUCCUCAAGCACCACAGCCGUAUCCCGCACAUGGUCCAUCCGGAGCAGCCAGAGCCCAUUACCUCCCCAUGUCCACCGGACUCAAGCUAGAGAUUCCCUUACAACACGACAACUAUUCAGAGGUUCGAGUUAGCCGCUCGCACAUACAGCACUCUGUCCCGCUCAUCACUUCCAGUCUGGAAAUGCUGAGGCCAGUCACAUCUCCAGCAGUAGCGGUGCGUCUCCAGACAGACACCCUGACCCCAGCAUGUGCCAUAUACACCAUGCUGUCUCAGUCCACCUCCCCCAGGCCACAGGAGGCAGUUGACGCUGUCUCACACACCGUCUCUACAGCUGAAUACAGAAACCACAGGACCAUGAGUCCAGAUCUUCAGCUGUGGUCAGACGAUGGCCUCAGACUAUCAGGCUCAGGGGGCAACAAGCGUAUGCUUUCCCCUUCAAACAGCAUAGAGCUUCCUCCUGAGUCGCAGCAGCAGCAGAAAAGGGUAAAAGAAGAAGAGGAGAGGGAGAUGGGAUGUGCUGACAAGGCAACAGUUGACACUUGCAAUCAGGAGGUCAAACGGGAGCCUCAGCCAUGUUUACCAGGUGUUUCCUCUCCUGUCUCACAUGUUGGACCAUCGUUCCCCAGUCUGCUGUCCAGCACCUGUAAUAGCUGGUGCUAUUUGAACUACAUUAAACCAAACCCCUCUGCUCUGGAUGAACAGAAGCCCUCAGUGUAUUCAUCGUGGUCUACUAGCGGCUAUGACCCCAACCCACCUGGCCUCUCCAGCAAAACAGCUCUCUCUCUGCUGCACUGUAAGCAGAGGCUCAGUCCCUCCAUCUACACGAUAUCCUCCAUGUCAGUCCCGACACCUGAGUCAGUGGAGCAAGAGGACAACAAAAGACCCUGCCUCACUGAGGUUUACAACAGCCAGUCGCACUGCAGAGACCACGAGGGAACAGGGAAGGGACAGACGUCAGCAGAUGACAACAGGUCAGACAGAAAAGAGAAGGAGGGACCAAAACUGAAACCUCUUGCUCUUUUUCACACCUACAGAUCAGAAAAGAAGUAUGGCGUAAUGCACAGUGGAGGUGGACGGAAGUGUCAAAACGAGGACGCUGGAUUCCUCUGCAAGAGUACCGGUGCGCUCUCCACAGAAUCACCGCCGUAUAACUGUAAUCGCUGUAGCAGCACUUUCAAAGCUAAAGGAGUCUGUGAAGACCGAUCCAUUCAUCCAGACCUACAAAGACAUCAUCACGUUGGAGAUCACAGCGACGUAAAGGACAAGGAUGGCAGACAUAAAGAAAGCAGCCGGUCCACAGUGGCCGAGAGCUCUCACGCUGACAGGGAGAAAGCUCAUCCGGGAGGCCGGCCCGUGGAGCCCGAACGCAGCCCAUCCCUCCCACUCGCCCCCAAGGAUUCUACCCAGAGGGGCUCGGCCAGCGCCAGGAGGGCCCUGUUCGCCCACAGACGCCUCGACGCUUCGGCAUCCUCCGGAGGCUCCCGUUCGCCGAGUACUCAAUCCCUGACUCCACAAAGGGAGCCGUCGCCACCUCGUAGCCCAUCGCCCAGGCCUCGCCACUCCCCCGCCCCUACCGCUUCAUCCCUCUCCCCAUCCAGUUGUCACGUCUCCGCCGCCCCCCAAAGACCAGUCUCCCCAGUUAGAGGCCUCUCUCCCGUAAUACUCCAGUGCCAGGGAACGGACUCCUCUGGGCCUCCAGGCUCCCUGGCAGACACCUCUGCUCAGAGUCUUCAUCCAAGGGACCAAACAUCUGCAGCAAGACUGUCUGUAGAAGAGGUCUGUCUAACCCACAUCACCCCGCACCCUCCACGGCCUCGCGGAGCCCACAACCUCCUCAGCCACCUCCCUCUGCACUCGCAGCAGCCGAGCAGGACCCCGAGCCUCCUGAUUCCGAUCGGGGGGAUUCACAUGAUCCAGCCCAGGUCCCCGCUCCCCAUGUACAGCCUGGUGAGCAGCCCCGCAGUCGCCACAGCGAGCCCCGCAGGGACGGGGUCAUCCAGGAGGCCCGGCGACGCUCCGAGGGGACGGCUCGCCCUGCCGCAGCGCCGGGACGCUCUCAAAGAGACGCCGCCCAGCAGCCGAGCCAGCCCGCCGGCCCCCGGGGCAUCGGGACAAAUGCCCGUGGGCACCCGGCUACACAGAAAGAACCAAGGAUGCUUUGGCCUCCAGCAACCGCCUGGUCCCGGGACAGAGACGAGACAUCCGGAGGUGAGCACAGACGCACCUGUGACAGAGAGGCGAGUUUACCCCGAGACCACCCAAGGCCAAAAAAAGGCUCCGUCCUCCCAGACACAGCUCUGAUCGGAGGCGGAGUCUGAAGGGACAGUGCAAAAAGACUGAGGACCAGUCGGUGGGUGAG